UGUUGCUGUGCCACUGGAGACGCAGCUGGUUUCUGUCACUAAACAGGAGGGGGGUGAAAUUUUGGCUGAAGCCAUUUCAGAAGACCCUGCCAAGGCUAAAGCGUAGCUCUCCAACCUGAGACGGGAGCAAUCUAGGGGUGAUACAUACCCUUCAUCCUGCUCUUAUCAUCUGGAGAACUUUAAAAGCCCAUCAGCUGACAUCAUGGUUGAGUUGACUUCUUAUGGCAAUGAGACGACUCCUCUUUGCUUCUCAAGAAACCAACCACCCAUCCACUAUAACCACUCUAUCGUCUCCCCUUACUUGUCCCCCACCUUCACUGCUGUGGGCCUCAGCUCCAACCUCAUCGCCCUAAUCGUCCUGAUCAGGGCGUACCGGCGGACCCACAGUCGCUCCCGCUCCUCCUUUCUGAUCUUCCUCUCUUGCCUGGUGGUGACAGACCUCACAGGUCUACUGGUGACCAGUCCCAUCGUUACCUUCUACCACACCAAGGGCUUCAACUGGAGUGAGGUGGACCCGCACUGCCACCUCUGCAACUUCUACGGCCUGUGCCCGCUGCUCCUGGGGGCGGCCAUGGCCGUGGAGCGCUUCAUGGGCAUCUGGAGGCCCUUCUCCCGCUCCACCCGCAUGUCCAAAGGCCGGGUUCUGCUCACCGUGCUGCUGGUGUGGGUGUUUGCUGGUGCCGUCAGCCUGCUGCCCGUAAUCGGGCUGGGCAGUUACCACCUGCAGAGCCCAGGAUCCUGGUGUUUCUUCAACAUGAGCUCCCAAACCCCAGACCUGAUGAUCUCUUUGGGCUACUCCCUGGUGGGACUCUUAUCUUUGGCCACGUCCUUCGUCCUGAACACGGUCAGUGUGAUGACGCUGCUACGCAUCUGCUGUGGACGGGAUGCCAAUCAUCGCCGGCGAAACCUUGAAGUACAGAUGAUGAUUCAGCUUAUCUGGAUCAUGAUCAUUGCAACCGUCUCCUGGUGCCCCCUGCUGGUGUUCACCACACACACAGCCCUGUCCGGUCGGCCCGUCCAGGAUAAACACCUGCUACUCUGGAUCCGCUUUGCCUCCUGCAACCAGAUCCUGGACCCCUCCGUCUACAUCCUGGUCCGGCAGGCCGUGCUGAAGAUGGUCCGCUGCUGUUCCAGAGGGCUCUAGUUUGACAUGUACCCGCUUCGUCACCUUCUCCUGCCCUUAGAGUUCACACAUCUAACAGUGAUCCCUGCCUGGAUGUGACGAAUAUCACCAUGUCGCACCAUAAUGGAUUUGUCCUGCUCACUUCUGAGGAGGACACUGCCAUUAAUCUCUGCCGCUAAACUAUAAUUACUUCAUUAACUUACUGUUUAAUCAAGUACAGUAUAAGUUACAUCCACCCCUCCAGGCAAAACAAUUCGACAAUCGAUUAGCAACGUAAUGAAAGCGACAGUAUUUUGGACUCAGAAGCAGCACAUUUGUAUCUGCAUGCGUGGCUCUUGAAGAAGCUCUGGAGGAACAAGCGAGACAAGGCUGGUUUCCAGGGCAUGUAAUGGCCACAGGUAGUCAAGCUUUCCUCAGAAAGGCUUCGUCUGAUUGGUCUGGGGACUGUGUGGGGGGGCGGAGCCUGCAACGGCUGCACAGCUGGGCCAGGAUUCUGGGUCACGGCUGAUGGAAAGAUGAGGAGCAGAUGCUGGGCGUCACAUACCUUUGUGGAUUCCAGGAAACGCUCAGGCCCCGGCCGUCUCCCACCCACUUCAUGAGUUUAAUCUGAAUCUUAGAUGUUCCAUGUUUGGACCAAUUGCCUGGAAUUUUACAAAUUUUUCUGGGAAGGCUGCAGAGAUACGUUCCUCAUUCUGGACUUCGUCUCUUAACGCUCUGUUGACCAUGACCAAGACGUCCUCAGGCUGUAUAUUCCUUCUGCCGCAGUGUUGCUCCUGAGUGCUUCCAGGUUGAAGUAUCUACGGAACAAGGGUUCUGUGGUAGAAGAGUCAGCGUUCCAUGUAUAGCUGUAGAACAAGCAGCAAUCAGCUAGGCUCUAUUGGUAAUUGGACCACAUGUUUAAUGGUGAAAGUGGCCCAAACUGAAGGAGCCGAGAGAUUCUAUUUGUUUAUAAAGUUUUAUUAUUUUAUUCAUAGUCAUGAGUAUUUGUUAUUGUUUUUAAAUGUAUGUUUAUACUGACCAGUCUAACGUUAAAAACCAUAUGGAAGACACCCAGUGGUGGAACAGUUGUGUGUAUUUAAAUGGGAGCGGUGAUGAUGUUCAGGAAAUAAAUGGCUGAUCUCA